AAACACGGUUGGUAGAAAAAAGAAAAAGGUAUUGAUGUCAAUUUUCGAUACUCCGGUUGCAGAGCUGCUGGAAUUCUUCCUCACCAUUGUCGGAAAAGGAGCACUUACCGAGAAACGACGGUGAGUUCCUCCAUCGGAAUGGUGAUCUGAUCUUCGUAUUAAGUGGUGUUAUUCGUCAUGGGGAACCGAUUCAGUCGUGAUAGACGGAGUUCCAAAGACAAACUGCUUUCAAGAGUUUCAACCACACCGAAGAGCAGUGUCAGUCUCAGUAACGCUGGGCUUGUAACGAAGGAUUUUUUGCAUGAACCAGUGACGGAAUCUUGGAGAGAAGUAAACGACCAGAAUCUCAUGCCGAAGAUGCCCGCAUUGCCACAGCCUGAACCAGAACCAACUAUUGUCACUGAAGUGUUUGUCGCUUUGUAUCAUUACGAUUCUCGCACCGAUGAAGAUUUAAGCUUCAAGAAGGGGGAACAUCUUGAAAUACUAAACGACUCGAAGGGUGAUUGGUGGUUCGCCAGGAGCAAGGCAACAAAGCUUGACGGUUACAUUCCUUCCAAUUACGUCGCCAAGCUGAUGUCAAUCGAAGCUGAACCAUGGUAUUUCGGGAAAAUCAAAAGAAUUCAAGCUGAGAAGAAGCUCUUGAUGCCGAAUAACUUCCACGGAGCGUUUUUAAUUCGUGACAGUGAAAGUCGCAGGAAUGAUUAUUCUCUUUCUGGCAGGACGAACGCAGAGGUGUUGGAUGAUGUGGAAAAAGGAUAUCGCAUUCCUUGUCCCGCCGGUUGUCCGGGCAGAUUACACGAGAUCAUGUUGGAGUGCUGGCGAGAAGAUCCGUUAAAAAGGCCGACGUUUGAAACUCUGCAAUGGAAGCUUGAGGAGUUCUUCAACCACGUGACUCUUGUGAUGUCUCUUUUUGCGGCGUUGUACGACUUCGAUUCUCAAAUCAACGGGCAAUUGACUUUCAAGUGCGGGGAAAGGUUUAUUUUAUUGGAUAAAGCAUGUGGAGAUUGGUGGAAUGUGAAGAGACUGAAUGAUGAGAAGGAAGGGUUCAUUCCAUCAAACUACGUGGAAGCUGUUCCAAGUCAUGAAUCUCAAGAGUGGUAUUUCGGUGAUAUUUCAAGGUCUUCCGCUGAAAAUCUUUUGCGAAAGCCUCAGAAUUCAAAGGGAUCUUUCUUGAUUCGGAACCAGCAAAGCAAAGGACACAAGUUCACACUUUCUGUUCGCAAGAAUGAUGAUGCCGUUCAGCAUUACAGAAUUUUCCAGGAAGGAAAGAAGGAGUCUUACGUUUUGCUAAAAAAGUCGUUUGACACGCUCGUUGAUCUGGUCGAGUGUCUUUCAACGAUUGAUGAUCCCGCUUAUCCGAAGCUAUGUAGACCGUGCUUCCCGGAUUCCGGAAACGCAGACCAUGCCAGACCAGCAGAUUCGAAAGACCAUUGGGAGAUUGAUAGAUCCGAAGUGAUUCUUACGAAACCCUUGGGCGAAGGGCAUUUCGGCAUUGUGUAUGAAGGUGUGCUGAAUGGAAAACAAGUUGCCGUAAAAACUUUUAAAGUGGGUAAGUGGGAGCGUCAGCGAAAUUUUGAAAGUUGAAAUUGCAUUUAUUUUCGUGACGGACAUUUUGGAGAGUACUUUUUUGUGUGACGAGAAGUGCUGGCGUUGGAAAAUUUUUGAUCGUUACGGACGGUUCCAGCGGAAAUGAGACGAGUUACUCGAAUGAACGGCCAGUGAAAUUGUAGAAUUCGUGAUUCUACAGUUGAUUUUUCUGAAGGAAUUUGGGAAUGAAUACAUUUUUCUGUUUAGGAAAUUCUGCGGAAGAAGAAUUUCUUGCCGAAGCCAAGUUGAUGAAAGAUCUGACGCACCCGAACCUGCUGAAGUUGAUUGCGAUCUGUACUUCCGGAAGACCCAUAUAUAUUGUUCUAGAGUUCAUGGAGAAUGGGUGUCUUCUGGACUAUAUGAAGAAACGAAAAGGUACUUUUCUGAUCCUGCUUAUAGUGUCGUUGAAGCUUGAUUAAAAUCUCAGACCAGUUGUGUCAUGUUCAAACAAGCUAAUCCAUUUUCUCUGUUUCCCCCCGAACGUGCGCUGCAGCUUGAAUCAUUUUUCCCAAGUAUUUUGCACGAUGGACUGUACGAAGUUCUUUCGGUUGAAACUGCUAUGUCUCAGAAGCGUUGAUACUGAAAAGCAAAAUUUCUGUUCAGGUUAAAAUUCACGCCGGAAUGUCACGAAAACCACUUCGUCCUUCAUGUUUUCCAUAUUUUGGUUGCAGACUUGAAGAAAAAAUCCCUGUGAAAAAAUAGUGACGAACUCUCACAAAUGCUGAUUUACAGUAUUUCAUGCUAGAUUUUGAGGUUUUCUGGAGAAAUUUUUUUUAAACUGGGCUUGAAUAUUAAAAUAUUCUACCGAAUUGUGGUCUGCUCAUUUUUGAAUCUUGAUAACCGUGAAUCUUUUUCAUAUGACAGAAAAACGGAAGCCUCUGUCUACUUGCGAAAUGUGCAGUUUUGCUGCUCAAAUCGCCAGUGGAAUGGAAUACUUAGAAGCUAGAAACUAUGUGCAUUGCGAUCUAGCUGCUCGAAACAUCUUGGUCGACCAGAAUGAGUCUGUAAAAAUCGCCGAUUUCGGUUACACCAGGCUGGUUUCUGUGAGUAGAUCUCGUCGUUUCAGCCGCCCGCUUGCAGGUUUAGUGAUGCAAUUUUUCAUUGCUCCUUUGUCAUCAACAGCAUAUGGCGUGAAUCGUUUUCAUUGUUAAUUUUUUCUUCGGUCCUUUUCAUGGCUUUACUUAUUACUGUCGUUGAAACUAAAUUACCCUCCAGGAUGAACAGAAACACGUGAUUUUAUCCUCCGACAUUCCUAUCAAGUGGACUGCACCGGAAGCAGUGAAGAACAAAACUUUUUCCACGAAAUCUGACGUUUGGUCGUACGGAGUUUUGCUAUGGGAAAUCGUAACUUGUGGUGACUUUCCCUACGCAAAGAUGAAUAACAAGCAAGUUGUAUCACAACUGAUUCGUGGUUACCGUAUGCCAAAACCACUUCGUUGUCCAGACGAAUUGUACAGGAUCAUGUUGGAUUGUUGGAACAUCGUCCCCGAAAGUCGACCGGAUUUUCGUAUGUUGAAAAUGGACCUGGAUACAUUGUGUGCAUAUGACUUCAAUUGCUGAACUGUCGAGGCUACAUUUAAUCGCAGUUUGGAUUCCGUCGCGCAGGAGUGAAUUUCAAAGCAGUUGUAUAAUCACACACUUUACUGGCUUCAUUUUCCUUACAAAAUUUCAUGAAUAAAUACUUUCUCAAUGCGCAAAUUGCGCAUUUACUCACAGUUUACGUGACAAGUUCAUACAAAUAAGUUCAGUUCAAUUUCUCGGAAAUGAAUUUCUUACGAAAAAGUAUUUAAGAUCCUGGAAUAAACCCGUGAAGCUUUCGAGAUGAGUUGUGGAAACAAAAUUGCUGCAGAAGGAUAAAUAAAUUACGGUCUUGUGUCACUGA